UACAACAGUUUUUAAAGUCAUUUUGGUGUAAAAUUUGUUUUCUUUUAGCAACGAUAUUUUCAGCGCGAGUAACACAGAAGUACAUCCGGAAGAAAGGGAAGGGACGAUUUUAUAUCAUCUGAUGCGCGUCACUGCGAUAAUUUUAUUGGCUCAUAGAUAGGGAGUUUUAAUUAAUGUUAAGUGUCUGUCAUUGUUGGUAGUAAGCGAGCUAGCUGGCUGAAAUCUAGCUAGCUAGCUAGCUUGGAAAAAUAGUCCGCCUUGUCAUGUUCUGUUAUGUUCGCUUCGCGCAGCUGAUAUAAUAGUGUAGCCAGGAUACGUAUUACAAUAUACGUGCGUGCGGGAAAACAAGCUUGUAAACAGACAGAUACCUUGUUAGCCACUGAUGCUGAAGAACACUAACGUUAGCUAACGUUAACCCUACAGGUCACUGCAACUGAGUUGUUACAAUUGUAUCCAGUUGCAGAUUGCUAGCAACAAGCUAGCUGGCUUGCGACAGUUUGUGUCGAAGUAGAAAAUACGGAAAUGGCAUCUACGUAUGGCCGACACCAAUUAAUUGACUGGAGUUAAUGGAAAAGAAAUCCAAGUUUCGGGCGGCAAUGAUUGUCUGAUACACAGCAUUUUGUUGACUUUAUAUACCUAGAAAGAAAAUAUUACAGAUAACUUCGCUGAUAUUUUAUGCGAGUCUAUUUGGGUCGUGUAACCCUUGCAAACAACGAGACGAGCUUAUGAAGAUUAGUCAAAACAGCAGGAUGUCAAAGGGAUUUACGGUGGUCAUAAGUGAAAAACAAAACAAUGCCUGCCAUCAAUACCAGACAAUUCGAGAUGAUCUCCUGCACUUUAUGCCAAAAAACUAGUAAUCGGUAGUGUGCAUUUCUACUGCUUUACGUGGUAUAGUUUAGAUGAUAAGGUUGUACACCGGAAGAGAAAUCUAUUCAGCUUGCUGUUCGAUUGUGAAAUAUAAGUUACUUUACAUUUCAUAAGCACUAUGUCUGGAGACAGCAGCAGCAGUAGUGGAGAGGACUCUGAUAAAGAGACCAGGAAGAAAGUAUGUACUGUCAAACACGAAAUCACUAAUGCAAACCUUACAGGGUACACUGAAAAAGUGGGUGUGGAGAACUUUGAACUUCUGAAAGUGCUGGGCACUGGAGCUUAUGGAAAAGUGUUCCUCGUGAGGAAGACAAGUGGUCAUGAUGAAGGGAAGCUUUAUGCUAUGAAGGUUUUGAAGAAAGCAGCCAUUGUACAAAAGGCAAAGACUGCCGAACACACACGGACUGAAAGACAAGUUUUGGAGCACAUUCGUCAGUCUCCCUUUUUAGUUACACUGCACUAUGCCUUCCAAACGCAGACGAAAUUGCACCUUAUACUUGACUAUGUUAGUGGUGGGGAGAUGUUUACCCAUCUUUACCAACGAGACCACUUCUCUGAAGAUGAAGUUCGGAUCUACAUCGGAGAGAUCAUCCUGGCCUUGGAGCAUCUGCACAAGCUUGGCAUUGUGUACCGUGACAUCAAACUGGAAAAUAUCCUGUUGGACAACGAGGGGCAUGUGGUGCUGACUGACUUUGGCUUGAGUAAGGAGUUCCUGGAGGAAGAGAAAGAGAGGACCUACUCGUUCUGUGGCACUAUUGAGUACAUGGCGCCUGAGAUUAUCCGUGGGAAGUCGGGACAUGGCAAGUCGGUGGAUUGGUGGAGUUUGGGGAUCCUCAUGUUUGAGCUGCUGACUGGAGCUUCGCCGUUCACCUUGGAGGGUGAGAGGAAUACGCAGAGCGAGGUGUCCAAGCGGAUCCUGCGCUGCGAGCCCCCGUUCCCGUCCAUCAUCAGUCUCCUGGCGCAGGACCUCCUGAGGAAGCUGCUGGUCAAAGACCCUCACAAGCGACUCGGCUCAGGACCCAAGGGUGCUGACGACAUCAAGACUCAUCCGUUCUUUAAGGGGCUCAACUGGUCAGAUCUGGCCGCCAAAAAAGUUGCCAGCCCCUUCCGUCCUGAGCUGCGGAAUGAGCUGGACGUGGGGAACUUUGCCGAGGAAUUCACCGGGAUGGACCCAGUCUACUCACCCGCCAGCACCCCUCCCAGUACUGACCGUCUUUUCCAGGGUUACUCCUUCAUCGCACCGUCCAUUCUGUUCAACAAAAACGUUGUCAUGGGGGACUUCCUGGAGAACCAGGUGAAGGUGGACAAGCCAGGGUCAGCCACGGUGCAGCGCAGUGCAAUGCUAAAGGACUCUCAGUUCUUCCAGCACUAUGAGCUGUGGCUCCAGGGCCCUCCGCUGGGGGAAGGCAGCUUCUCCGUGUGCAGGAAGUGCCGACACAAGCAGAGUGGCCAGGAGUACGCCGUCAAAAUCGUCAGCCGUAGGAUGGAGUCGAUGACACAAAAGGAGAUAGCGGCCCUGAGGCAGUGCGAGUCUCAUCCCAAUAUUGUCAAACUCCAUGAAGUUUACACCGACCAGCACCACACGUACCUGGUGAUGGAGCUGCUGCGUGGCGGGGAGCUGCUGGAGCGCCUCAAGCGGAAGAAGCUGUUUGCGGAGUGGGAGGCCAGCAAGCUGAUGAGCAGCCUGGUGUCGGCCGUCAGCUUCAUGCACGAGGCCGGCGUGGUGCACAGGGACCUCAAGCCAGAGAACGUGCUGUUUGCGGAUGAGGGCGAGGACGCGGUGCUGAAGGUGAUCGACUUUGGCUUCGCCCGGCUGUUCCCGGCGGGCAGCGCUCCCCUGCAGACGCCAUGCUUCACUCUGCAGUACGCCGCCCCGGAGCUCUUCCACUCCACCGGCUACGACCAGGCCUGCGACCUCUGGAGCCUCGGCGUCAUCCUGUAUACCAUGCUGUCGGGACAGGUUCCCUUCCAGACCGAAAAGAAGGGCAUGACCUCGUCACACGCCGCUGACAUCAUGAAGAAGAUCAAAGAGGGAGACUUCUCAUUGGAUGGAGAGGCGUGGAGAGGCGUGUCAGAAGAGGCCAAAGAGCUUGUGAGAGGCUUAUUAACGGUGGAUCCCGAACGUCGUCUGAAGCUGAGCGAUCUGAAGGAGAACGGCUGGCUCCAGGGCGGGGCCAACAUGUCGUCCACCCCACUGUGCACGCCCGAUGUGCUUGAGUCCAGUGGCCCCACCGUGCGCACUUACGUCAACGCUACAUACAAGGCAUUCAACCGGGGGAAGCGAGAGGGCUUCUUCCUGAAGAGUGUGGACAACGCCCCUCUGGCCAAGCGCCGCAAGCUGAAGAUGACCAGCACUGGGGUUGAGACCCGGCGUAGCUCCUCUUCCUCAUCCUCUUCCUCCUCCUCGUCCUCCACAGCAGCAGCAGCGGCGGCGGCGGCAGCAGCCACGCUGGCCAAGGCCCCGCUGCGGCAGACUGUCCCCCCGAACUCUGACCCCUGAGUCGGCCUAUGGCUAGAGGCCUCUGAGCGUGCCCCCUCCCUCCCUCCCACUACUACUACCACCAUCACCCAAGCUGAAGAACCCUACAGGGCUCCAGUGUGACUGAAUCACCGAAGGAGUCAAAACUCUUUUUAAAUCACACCCAUAUCCAAAUUACAGACAUGUAAUUGUGGCGUAAUAUGCCGUUUGGGCAGUUACAUGGUCUGACCGCAAAGGGCUUAAAGUAUGCACUCAUUCUGAAUGGAUAUGUGAAGUCUGUUUCUUUUAAGGCCAACCUUGGGGUUAGCAAGAGAGUGGAGACAACUGUUGUAUAUUUUAAGCAAAAAAUUUUAAUUGUUCAAAACUUGGUGUCGAAUUGUUAUUCGCUGUUGUUGACGUUGGCGCUUCUUUAAACCCGCUGGUCGAAAAUCGUUCCUGCGCUGAUUGUGUCGUCUGCAUGUUACCAGUGUUGAACUGCCGAACCCUUUAGUCUCGUUUAUUUUUCUUUUAGUUUGUUUUGUAUCGUUUGCCCUUACGAUUGAAUGUACCUUUAAAAGAGUGGAGUUUUUCUAUGGCACCGCGGUGCUUUUUAAAAAAUAUUAAAAAGGGACACUUUGAAGAUGGAUGGGAAAAGAAGCCAUGGGAGAGUUGAAGCCAUAGGUACUGAGAGGAGAGGACCUUUGUGUGGACCCCAGACUAUAGACCAUCUAAUAGGGGGCAGGGUAAGAGUAGCUAUGGCACAUAAGCAGCAUUUUACAUCAAGGGUGGCUUUCAGACAGAGGCUUGAUGACAGAUUGUUUUUUUUACUUGUUCCAUCGACAACAGCAAAUAACGACUAGGUCUGAUUGUCUGGGUCAGGCUUACAAUCUUUCUCCAUGUGCCAUUGUGAGCUUACUAAGUGCAUGCCUCUCAGUAUAAUGUGGUGAAUACUCUUAACAGCAAUUGUUAAUAUUCAGUGUUCCUAUGACUGAACCCUUUGCUAACAACUCCCUGCUGUGCUUUCAUGGUGCUAUCGGAUCAGUCUGUGAUACCACGAGCCCUCUGUAUACCUCCAGAGUCCUUCGAAGUGUGUGUGUGUGUGUGUGUGUGUUCGCUCGCUUGUAUGCACCCCUUUACAGGCGCCCUGCCACCCCUCCCCCUCGCCAUGGGAGCGUGAGGCGCUGCCGGACUUCUGCUGCUGCAGGCGGGGUGAUGCAGUGCUGGUCACCAGAGUCCAGGCCACGAGUAGACUGGACUCUGCACGUGUUUUUAAAAAAUAACAAAACAAAGGGCUCCAUCAUGCAUCCCAGGCUGGGUACAGACAGUGACUCCACACACACACUAACACACUCCCAGUCCUUUUGACCCCCAGCUGGAGAGAUGAUGGUCUGAGGGAGAGGGAUGGAAAGAAGGAGAGAGAGCAAGAGAAGGGGAGAGAGAAUAACAGAGGGAGAGGGGCUGACAGAGGGAGAGAGAGACUGAACGAGAGAGAGACUGACAGAGAGAGAGAGAGAGGCGGGAGAGAGAGACUGACAGAGGGAGAGCAAGAGAGAAAGAGAAAGAGACUCCACUUGUCUGCCUGCAGGUGACCAUAUGCCACCAGCCACCCACCCACUGUGUUGAAUGUCUUGCAACCCUGUUCCUCCUCAAUUUAAUACUUGCAUUAAAAAAACACAACACUGAAUCUGUGUGAGUGCUGAGGGGAGCAGAUCCAGGGGUCUCUUCAUAUGGAUGUCUUUCUCCAUACACUGAUAGGAUACCUACUGGAGUUUUUCAUUACAAAGGAACACUUUUGCCAAGGACAAGGAUAUUGUUGUGUGUGAUCAACAUUUUCUUGAAUGUCUCUUUGGAAAUUUUAAUGUAGUACCUGGUUUAUGAGAUGAUUGCAUGCAUAUUUAUAGAGUUAUGAUCACAUUUGCAAGGGCGGUGUGUGUAAUUUUUUUUUUUUUUUUUUUAAGCUUCGGCACUGGUUGAGAUGCCUGUAUAAAAAUCAUGAGACAGCAUGUGGUCAAGAGGGCCAUCUUUAUCAGAGAGUGCAUCAGAGUCGGGUUGUGGCCUGACAUCCUGGUCUUACACAUGUCAAUCAUGCUCUCUCGACUGUGGUCUCACCAUUUGUAUCAGACACCAAAUGAAUUGUUUUUAGUAUUAUCGGAAAUGGGAUUCUCGAGCAAGAUGGUUAAAUGACACUGGUCAUUUAAAAGACAGUCAUUUGUAGUUACUCUUUUUUUUAUUGGUCAAUCUUCAAGUCGCACAAUUUUAAUCUUUGAAAAUAUGUUUUCAUUUUUUUAUCAGCUUUAACUUGCUUAACCUUUAGUAUUUAUUGCCUCUGUUCUGCCUCCGUGUUCUGUUGAUGUUUCGGUAAUGGUUCUCUGUCCGGCGCCUCGUGCUCAUUCAUGUUGAGUAAUUAUGUAAUUCUAUGGUAUGUCUUGCUGCCUUGUGCUGCAUCAGUAAAAAAGACAUCUAUUGUGAAAUUAUGGAACUGUGCAUUUCUGAUUUUAGAUAUUUUUUCACACAUAUAAUUGUCAAUGAUUUUAUGUCUACAGUUUAAAAUAUGAGAACGCUACUUUUUUGACUAUUAGUAACUGUUUUGUGUUAUUGUUCUGUCAUGCAUGUACUUUUUUCAUUUAAAUAACCUCUUUAAUAAGUUAUUCUGCUCUCUCAUUUUGCCAAAAACAUUUUGUAAAAACAAAAAUUUAAAUUAAAAUCAUAAUUUUCAAAGUG